AUGUCUCGCUUAAGGUAUGGCAUCAAUGUUGAUGAUGAAGACGAUGAAGAACAAAGACUAUUAACUACGACUAUUCAACCUGCCUAUUCUACUAUAGAUACAAUAAAGAGUGAAGAAGUUUCUCCAUUAGGUAUUGCCGAAGAUAAUAAUAGCGAUCUAUCGCGACUUUUCUUCUGUUGGGUGCAACCAAUGAUGGUUCGCGGUGCUGCUGGUAAACUCAGGCAAGCUAAAGAUCUAUUCUUAUUGCCAAGAAAGCUCAAGACAAGUUACAUUCGUCGACAAUUUAUGCGAGCGUGGACGUAUAAACACACAAAUGACGAAACAGAUGAUAAUGUCAAGAUCAGAAUUUCACUAUUGACAGCUCUUAAUCGUACUUUUGGAAAGACCUACUAUCCAUUAGCUAUAUUAAAACUAAGUAGUGAUUUAUUAGGUUUUACUGGACCUCUACUAUUGCAUCAGUUAGUCACAUUUGUCGAAAACAAAAAUCAACCAACCAUUAAUGGAUAUAUUUAUGCCGCGGGAUUAUUCUUUGCCACUGGUAUUAGUGCAAUUCUAAAUACCCAAUUUACUUUCAAAGUCAAUAAAGUUGGAAUUCAAAUUAGAACAGCCUUGGUUGCUGUCGUCUAUAGUAAAGCACUUUCCGUUAAUACUGCCUCAUUGUCUAAAUUCGAUACUGGUGAAAUUGUAAAUUUAAUGAGUACUGACACAGACCGAAUUGUUAACUUUUGCCCAAGCUUUCAUCAGUUUUGGAGUUUGCCAUUCCAAAUUGCGAUAUCUUUAUAUCUCUUAUAUCAGCAAGUAGGAAUAUCAUUCUUAGCUGGCGUCGCUUUCAUAAUCCUUCUCAUACCAAUCAAUAAAUGGUUAGCAGGUAAAAUUGGACAGUUGAGCACUGAAAUGAUGAAACAAAAGGACGGUCGUGUCAAUACAAUGAGCGAGAUUUUAUAUGGUAUUAGAGUUAUUAAAUUUUACGCCUGGGAAGCUAAUUUUGCAAACAAAAUUGAAAGACUGAGGAAUGCUGAGCUGAAGAGUUUAAAAGGAAGGAAGUACCUUGAUGCAUUAUGUGUUUAUUUUUGGGCCACAACACCAGUCAUUAUUUCUAUAUUGACAUUUGCAACUUACGCAGCAUUGGGGAAUAGACUAACUGCAGCUAAAGUCUUCACUAGUGUUGCACUAUUUAACAUGCUAAUUAGCCCGCUCAAUGCAUUUCCUUGGGUUCUUAAUGGAUUGAUGGAAGCAUGGGUUUCCGUGAAAAGAGUGCAAAAAUUUCUUUCCGUUGAAGAAUUUGACAGCGAGAAAUACUACUCUAUUAUACAAAGGAACAGAUCAGAGCAUGAAAUUGAGAUCAACUCAGGAACCUUUACUUGGCAACCUAGUUAUAAUGAUCAUACUGAAAGUGAACGACCUAGUAUAGUUGAUAUAGCUAUUAGUGCAUCACCAGGGCAACUUGUAGGCAUUGUUGGCAAAGUUGGUUCGGGAAAGUCAUCAUUGCUUGGAGCCAUGACAGGAGAACUAAGAAAAAUUACUGGUCAAAUAAGUAUUCCGCAGAGACAGUCUGGUUUCGGUAUAUUUACACAGGAACCGUGGAUUCAGCAAGGAACAAUUAAAGAAAACAUCUUAUUUGGUAAAGCUUACAAUGAAUCAGCAUAUAAAGCUACCAUUUUCGCUUGUGCUUUGGAGGAAGACUUAAGGAUUUUACCUGCUGGAGACUGUACCGAAAUUGGUGAAAAUGGCGUAACGUUAAGCGGUGGGCAAAAGGCAAGACUUACUCUUGCUCGUGCUGUUUAUCAAGACAAAGAAAUUUAUCUUUUGGACGAUCCAUUAGCUGCAGUUGAUUCGCACGUAGCACAACAUCUAUUUCAACAUUGCAUCUUAGGAAUACUUAAACACAAAACUAGAAUACUGUGCACCCACCAAACUCAGUUUCUUCGUCAAGCUGAUGUAGUAACGGUAUUAGAUGCAGGAAGAAUAAUACAGUCAGGUCCACCAGAGUCCGUCUUGGAUAGUGAGACAUCAGUCUCAACAAUUACCUUGCAGAAAUUUGAAAGCAUCGACAUAAAUGACAACGAUGACACCCUGAUAACGCAAGAGGAACAAUACGAAGGUGUGGUAGCUUUAUCAGUAUAUAAAGCAUACUGGUCGGCCGUCGGCAUUUGUUUGUCCAUCAUAAUAUUCACCUCAUUAUUAUUAAUGCAAGGUUCCCGUAACGUAUCAGAUUGGUGGCUGUCGUUCUGGAUAUCACAAACAAAGAAUCAUUCUCCCCAUUAUAACAGUAUAAACUCAGAAAAUUUAUUGGCUUUAAAUACCUACGACAGCAACGUUACUUUCUACUUGACGAUAUACUCAGCUAUAGCCAUAGGAAAUACUAUGUUUACGCUUUUAAGAGCAUUUUCAUACGCGUACGGGGGUAUUUGUGCUGCGAAAAUUCUACAUAACCAACUCUUUGAUUCUGUACUCCGUGCACCAGUUCAAUUUUUUGACACCACUCCGGUUGGAAGAAUUAUUAAUCGCUUCUCGUCUGAUGCGUAUGCUAUCGACGAUUCAUUACCGUUCAUUAUGAACAUUCUAUUGGCACAACUUUAUGGUUUUGCCGGUACGAUUGUUAUAACUUGCAUAGGGUUGCCUUGGUUCAUGAUUGCCUUAAUACCAGUUGGUAUCAUAUACUAUUUCAUCCAGCGCUACUAUAGAAAGACGUCGAGAGAAAUUAAGCGAUUAUCAACUGUUACUUUGUCUCCAAUAUACACUCACUUUACAGAGACAUUAAAUGGCUUACAGUGUAUAAGAGCUUUCAGAGCCUCUGAAGCCUUUUCACUAGAAAAUGAAAGACGACUUGAAACGUACCAAAGAGCAAAUUAUGCCAGUCAAGCAGUGUCUCAAUGGUUAGGCAUCCGACUUCAGUUAUUGGGAGUUGGAAUGGUAACAGCUGUUGGAUUCAUAGCCGUAAUUCAACACCAUUUUCAAACGGUGGAUCCAGGUUUAAUUGGCUUAGCUAUAUCCUAUGCUUUAUCGGUAACGUCACAGCUCUCAGGAGUUUUGACUGCAUUUACAGAAACUGAAAAGGAAAUGAUCAGCGUUGAGAGGGCCAAGCAAUACAUUGAUGGCAUUCAUCAUGAAGAAGUACAGCAAGAUUACAUCUGCCAGGUUCCAUCGCUGUGGCCUAGCAAAGGGACUCUACAAUUCAAUAACGUUACAUUAAUUUACAGACAAGGGCUACCUCCAGCGUUAAAUAAAGUUUCUUUUACUACAAGACCUUCAGAGAAGAUUGGCAUUGUCGGACGCACCGGUUCUGGAAAAUCAAGUCUUUUCUUAGCAUUAUUUCGUAUGCAACCAUUAGCUUCUGGUAAUAUUACCCUUGAUGAUAUCGAUAUCUGCACUAUUCCUACAACCGCUUUGAGAUCUCGAAUGGCUAUAAUACCACAAGAUCCAUUUCUUUUUAAUGGGACAAUAAGAAAUAACGUUGACCCUUUCAAUAACCAUAGCGAUAGUGAACUGUUAAUGGUAUUGGAAAAAUGUCAUCUGAAUAAUGUUAUAGACAGAGAUGGGCUUGAAACAGAUGUUGGUAAUAAAGGGCGAAACCUAUCUGUCGGCGAGAGGCAACUUGUAUGUCUCGCUCGUGCCUUAUUGACGAAUGCUCAGAUCUUAUGCAUUGACGAAGCUACCGCUAGUGUUGAUCACAACACCGACAAAUUAAUUCAAGAGACUAUUAAAAGACAAUUCCAACAGAGAACUGUGCUAACUAUUGCUCAUAGGGUGUCAUCCAUUUUGGACAGUGAUCGUAUUCUAGUCAUGGACAACGGACGUGUUAUUGAAUUUGAAAAACCGGAUAAAUUGCUAAGCGAUGGACAAUCUUCAUUUUACAAGCUUGUGGAAAGAAGCAAAAGUUCUGGAUAUGAUAUAUAA